UUUGUUUUCUGGUGAGCUCACAUUCUGAUUAAAAAUAAAGAAAAUGCUUUUCCUUUGGUAAUAAGGAUCAUCAUCUCUUUUCAUGCCGUUUGCAGCAGUGCAGAUUUGUCUUAAAAAAGUUUCCCUUAAAAUCUCUCCCACUCCAGUGAAAAACUUCUCAACUUUGUCUUCACCAAACCUUUUAAUCUUUUUCAUUAGCUUUUUUACUGUCUGGAUCCUAUCAAUAAGCUGGAAGAAACUGUGAAACCUCAGAUGAUUACAUCUUUGCCCUGAAACCCUCUACUCAGAUACAAAAAGAAGUGAUUUUUAGCGAACAUACACACCUAAAUGGGCUCAGAGCAGCAUAGGUUUCUUCAGCAGCAGGAACAGAGGAAAAGGUGGGGAGGCUGUUUAAGAGUCUUCUCUUGCUUCAAGUCCCAAAAGGGCGGAAAACGAAUAGUACCAGCUUCUCGCAUUCCCGAAGGCGGUGGCAAUCCCUCAGCCUCACAGCCCAAUGGACCUCACCAAAGUGGUGUGUUAAGCAACCAAGCAAAUUUAUCUUACUUAGCUCCACCAUCCUCUCCCGCUUCCUUCACAAACUCUGCUCUCCCUUCAACAGCUCAGUCCCCAAACAACUCCUACUUGUCACUCGCCGCAAACUCAUCACCCUCCGGUCCUUCCUCCAGCAUGUACGCCACAGGACCGUACGCUCACGAGACUCAGCUAGUCUCCCCUCCUCCUGUGUUCUCCACCUUCACCACCGAGCCGUCCACAGCUCCUUUCACUCCUCCUCCGGAGCUUGCGCAUUUAACCACCCCUUCCUCCCCUGACGUGCCUUACGCUCGUUUCUUGACUUCCAAUGGGAAAGGCAGCCAUUACAAUGAUCUUCACUCUACGUACUCUCUCUACCCCGGGAGUCCAGCCAGCGCGGUCUCCCGGGCUUCGGGAGUCUCCACGCCUCUGCAGGAGUCUAACUUCUUCUGUCCUGAGACUUUCGCCAAGUUUUACCAGGAUCAUGAUCCUCAGAACGGUGGGAGGUUGAGCGUGUCCAAGGACUCGGAUGUGUAUCCUAGUAAUGGGAACAGGCAGACGAGGCAGGACAUGGAGGAGUUGGAAGCUUACAGGGCUUCCUUUGGGUUUAGUGCUGAUGAGGUUGUUACGACUAGUCAGUAUGUAGAGAUCAAUGAUGUGAUGGAUGAGUCUUUACUUAAACCAGUAGCUUACUCGCCAAGCGAGGGACAAAAGCUGCUUAGAAGAGAAGCGAGUUUGCUAACGAGUACCAAAUCAGAAACUGGUCACAAACCAAGAAAUGGUAUUCAUGCGGAUGAAGAGGCUUUGUUAUCAAGAGUGGGAUCUGUGAAAGGUAGCAGAAGCUAUCCCACUGGCUUCUCAAGCUCUGAUGCAGAGGUGGAAUACAGGAGAGGAAGAAGCUUAAGAGAAGGCAGAGAGAACAGACACAGGAGAUAAAGACUUGAUCAGCUAUGUUCUUAAGGUCUUCUAAGUUGCUAUGCUAACUCUUUGAGAUAAGAAUCUAGUUUCUUUUAAGUAUAUAUAGAAUAAUAUGAAUAUAUAUAUAUUACAGAUGGUUUGUAGUAGAAAUGAUGUGUUGUAUAAGCAAAGCAAGGGUGUGAGAGUAGUGAAUGGUUUUUUUUUAUUUAAAGUUUGUGAUGCCUUUUUGUAAGACCUAUCUUUCAUCUAAUUGCAGCAAUCUGUUUGGGAGGUU